GCUGUUAGCUGAAGAACCCACCACCUCGCCCCACAAGAGCUAAAGAAUGAGCAAGCUCCCGCGUCCUCACGAACCCCACCACCGUCUUCUUUAGAGCUCAAAAGAAGACGCCGCCGCCGCUUACCUUUCAGUCUCCACCUCUCCAUCUCCCUCACAGUCACCCACUUCCUUUUGAUGGAAUCCAAAGUUGCCCGCUUCCUCACUGUGCCUGCUACCUUCCCCUCGUCUGGCUUCGGCAUUGCCGCCCUCUUACGCAAAUGACCUCAAUUUCCUGUGACUAUUGCUUUCCUUCGAGCAGCGGGGAGGAGGGAGGGAGAGAGAGGAGUUGGGUGCGAUGAAUUCCAAGGCGCGGGUGCCAUCGCAGGCCGUAAAAGCUUCCCCGAGGCCGAGGCCGAGGCGCGAUAAAGGAUUCAGCAAGGAGAAGACUACAAUGCAAGCGAAUGGAUCGACCGUCGUAGAGAAUGGACAUGGUAAAUUCCAAUCUAGACGACAGCGGAAGAUCGCUCUGGAGCAAGAUGUUGAUAAGCUCAAGAAGAAGCUGAGGAAUGAAGAGAAUAUCCACAGAGCUCUGGAGAGGGCUUUCACCAGGCCCCUCGGCGCUCUUCCUCGCCUCCCCCCUUAUUUGCCUUCCCAUACACUGGAACUUUUGGCUGAAGUGGCCGUCUUGGAGGAAGAGGUGGUUCGUCUUGAAGAACAAGUAAUCAAUUUUCGGCAAGGUCUCUAUCAGGAAGCCAUAUACAUCUCAUCUUGCAAGAAAAGCAAGGAAUUGGGAUCUGAUAUUUGCUCGCUUUCUCAAAACUCAAAAACCUCAGGGCAACCGACUUCUUAUUCAGAUUCGACAUGUUCAGAAGAUCUGAUCUUCGCAAAACAGACAGAUGCUUCAAAUAUAGACCAAGAUGUGUCUGUGCCCUCCUCAGGUAAUCCACUUAUCAACACUGAAAUUCCACCAAAGAAGUUAAAUUCAUCUUUGGCCAUUGCUGAAAACAAGAAUGGAAAAGAGAAUCAGAUCAGCACAAACUUUAGUAGGAACUGUAAGAAAUCUCCUGUUAAGAGAGUGUCACGAGGAAGAAUGGGUAUGAAUGGAAACAAGCACGGUGAUGCGAAGCCAAGGUUCAAUUCAGUGGCUAGUGAAAGAAUUGAAAAGGACUCACUGAACUCUUCAAAUGAAGCAAAAAGGAAUGAGUAUAGAGAUCCAAAUGAAGUAAAAUUCCCCGAAGCAAGUGGCCCGAAUAAACUAUCUGAAGACAUCUUGAAGUGCCUGACAAACAUUUUAUCACGGGGUAGCUCUCCGGGGAAUAAGAAAGAGCUACUAGAGACGAUUACAGUAUCAGAUUCUUGGAGUAAUUUAGAAGAAACAGACUGUCUAGAUCCAUAUGGUAUAUGUGAAGAAUUUGGGAAAAGGGACAUUGGUCCCUAUAAGUAUUUCCGGUCAGUUGAAGCAAGCUCAAAUUUUUCGAACCUCCUUACGGGUUGUUCAUUUCUUAGCUGGAGACUAAAACGUUUGCUGAGGGAGCUUGCAUCAGUGGAUUUAUCAGGUCUCACACAUCAUCAGAAGAUUGCAUUUUGGAUUAACAUUUACAAUGCAUGCAUGAUGAAUGCAUUUCUGGAGCAAGGCAUUCCGAUUAGUUCUGAAAUGAUUGUUGCUCUGAUGUUAAAGGCUAUGAUUAAUGUGGGUGGUCACUUGGUCAGUGCAAUGACAAUUGAACAUUUCAUAUUGAGGCUGCCUUAUCAGUCAAAACAUAUUUCAUUUAAAGGAUCUAAAAGCGAUGGCAUGGCAAUGCGCGGCAUCUUUGGCUUGGAAUGGCCUGAACCCUUGGUCACAUUCGCACUUUCGUGUGGAAGUUGGUCAUCUCCUGCCGUAAGAGUGUAUACAGGAGCUCAAAUAGAGAAAGAGUUGGAAAAGGCCAAAAGGGAUUAUUUACAAGCAGCCAUUGGUAUAUCCACACCAAACAAACUUGCAAUUCCUAAGCUUCUCGACUGGUAUCUACGCGAUUUUGCAAAAGAUGUCGAGUCAUUAAUGGAUUGGAUCUGCCUGCAAUUGCCAAAUGAGUUGAGGACUGAAGCAGUAAGGUGCCUCGAAGUGGCCAGAAGAAGUACUUUUCCUCAGCCAAUUCAAGUUCUUCCAUACGAGUUCAGAUUCAGAUACAUCUUUGCCCCAUAAAUCUUCGUCUCCUCACACAACACUGCCAUACGAGUUCAGAUUCAGACCACAAAAGCCAAGGUUUGUCCAUAUAAUUACAAUAAGAAUAGUGAGUUUAGAUUUUAAUAAGCUUUUGUAUUUUGUGAUUUUUUGGUGGGUUAUUAUUUGGGUUUCUCGAAUGCACGACCAUAUUAGCUAUGAAGCUGAUGUAGAGUUGGUACAAUUAACUAUGUUCAUAAGAAAUCAGGAGAGUCAAAAAUCUCAGUGUUUGUACCCCCUUUAUUUCAAAUGCAAAGAAAGUGGCAUGUUUUCCAAA